GGGGCGGGCUCUCCGGGCCCCCAUUGGCUACGGCCCCCUCCACACCAGGGCUCCCCGCAUCUCCCCCCGACAACAGUCCGUCCCGGUUCCAGCUGCUGCAGCCGCUCCUUCACCACCUCGGCAUCCAGCCGCCCCCUGCUCCGGCUUGGCAUGGCGACCCCGACCCAGGUCCCCACAAAGGUUCCUCAGGAACCUGACCCAUUUUACUACGACUACGAUACUGUCCAGACCGUGGGCAUGACUCUGGCUACCAUAUUGUUCCUCCUGGGCAUCCUCAUCAUCAUCAGCAAGAAGGUGAAGUGCAGGAAGGCGGACUCCAGGUCUGAGAGCCCAACAUGCAAAUCCUGUAAGUCGGAGCUUCCCUCCUCAGCCCCUGGAGGUGGCGGCGUGUAGACCAGCCCUGGGCACCUCCACUACUGUCCCUGCCUGAGUGCGGGAGCCUGAGGACCGGGUGGAGGCGGUGGGGACCCCAGCCUUGCCCAGGGAGCGCUCCCCUGAAUGAGCCGUCCCACCCACUCCAAGGCUGGAGCCGCUGCACCUCCCCAGGCCUUGGCAAUUACGACCCCCCCAAAGAGCCCGUCUGCAUCCCAGACCCAGGGACUCAGGUCUCCAGCUCCUGGGGUCCCGGAGUCCACCCUCAGCCCCCCGCAAUCCCUGUGUGCUACUCCCCGGCACCUCCCUGUUCCCCGCACCCUCAGAGUCUAUGUGUUGAGCUUAAUAAAUGUGCAUUUGGU